UCCAUCUGUCCUCUCCUCCCUGGUUUCUUCCUUGACUGUACUCUCUCACUCCGUUUGAGUGGUUGAUCCUGGCCACCAUCUGUGCCAACUGUAUUGUCCUGGCUCUGGAGCAACAUCUGCCUGAUGGAGACAAGACUCCUCUGUCUGAACGCCUGGAUGACACUGAGCCCUACUUCAUAGGGAUCUUCUGUUUUGAGUCAGGCAUUAAGAUCCUGGCUCUAGGAUUUGCCUUCCAUAAGAACUCCUACAUAAGGAACGGAUGGAAUGCCAUGGACUUCGUAGUAGUAUGCACAGGGAUUCUGUCUACAGUGGGAUCGGACUUCGAUUUGCGGACUCUGAGAGCGGUCCGUGUGCUGAGACCCCUCAAACUGGUGUCUGGGAUACCCAGCCUCCAGGUGGUCCUCAAGUCCAUCAUGAAGGCUAUGAUUCCACUGCUGCAGAUCGGCCUGUUGCUAUUCUUCGCCAUCCUCAUGUUCGCUAUCAUCGGCCUGGAGUUCUACAUGGGCAAAUUCCAUACUACCUGCUUCGACAUUCACACAGAUGAGAUUCGUGAGGAAGUUCCGUGUGGGACCGAAGCCCCGUCGAGACUAUGUCCAAACGGGACCACGUGUCGAAAGUAUUGGCUGGGUCCUAACUACGGCAUCACCCAGUUUGACAACAUCCUGUUUGCCGUGUUAACAGUCUUCCAAUGUAUUACCAUGGAGGGAUGGACUGACCUGCUCUACUAUAGCAAUGAUGCCUCAGGGAGCGCGUGGAACUGGAUGUACUUCAUUCCCCUCAUCAUCAUCGGCUCUUUCUUCAUGUUGAACCUGGUCCUGGGUGUACUGUCUGGGGAGUUUGCCAAAGAGAGAGAGCGAGUGGAGAACAGGAGUGAGUUUCUAAAGCUGAGGAGACAGCAGCAGAUAGAGAGAGAGCUCAAUGGAUACCUGGAAUGGAUUUGUAAAGCAGAAGAAGUGAUCUUAGCAGACGAUGAAGACCCUGAUGCCUUUGACGGCACCCGCAGGAGACCCACCAUCAAAAACCACAAGAACAAAACAGAUCUCCUUAACCCAGAGGAUGGGAAUGGAGACCUGGCAGUGGGUUCUCCAUUUGCGCGGGCCAGUCUGAAGAGUUCAAAGCUGGAGGGCUCUAACUUCCAUAAGAGGGAGCGUCGUCUGCGUUUUUUCAUCCGACGCAUUGUGAAGACCCCGUAUUUCUACUGGAGUGUACUGUGUCUGGUGGGACUUAACACCAUGUGUGUGGCUGUAGUACACUACGACCAGCCUGAACCACUCUCAGACUUCCUCUACUUUGCAGAGUUCGUCUUCUUGAGUAUCUUCAUGUCUGAGAUGGGUAUAAAGAUUUAUGGACUGGGGUCACAGCCUUACUUUCACUCCUCCUUUAACUGCUUUGACUGCAUUGUAAUAUGUGGCAGCAUAUUCGAGGUGCUGUGGGGUUUUAUCCAGCCUGGGACAUCCUUUGGUAUCAGUGUAUUACGAGCUCUAAGGUUACUGAGAAUCUUCAAAGUCACCAAGUACUGGGCGUCUUUGAGGAACCUGGUUGUAUCUCUGCUCAACUCCAUGAAAUCCAUUAUAAGCCUGCUCUUCCUCCUCUUCCUCUUUAUCGUCGUCUUCGCUCUGUUGGGCAUGCAACUCUUCGGAGGACAGUUUAAUUUUGAAUCUGGCACUCCUCCAACCAACUUUGAUACUUUCCCUGCAGCAAUAAUGACUGUGUUCCAGAUCCUGACUGGAGAAGACUGGAACAUGGUCAUGUAUGAUGGAAUAGAAUCUCAGGGAGGAGUCAACAACGGGAUGGUCUUCUCAGUCUUCUUCAUCGUGCUCACACUUUUCGGCAACUACACUCUGCUGAAUGUGUUCUUGGCCAUUGCUGUGGACAAUCUGGCCAACGCACAGGAACUCACUAAGGAAGAGGAAGCCGCUUCCAAGAAAAAUGUUUUGCAAAAAGCCAAGGAGGUGGCCGAAGUCAGCCCUCAGUCUGCAGCCAACCUGUCCAUAGCGGCCGAGAAAGUAAACAGCACAGGUCACAACGCUUCCGACCCCUUUCUGGACUGUAAGGAGCAGCAGAAGAACAAUAAGGGUGGUAAUAAGUCUGUGUGGGAACAGAGGACCAAGGAGCUGAGGAAACAGACUCUAAUGACCAGCAGAGAGGCCCUCUACAACGAACUGGACCCAGAGGACCGCUGGAAGGUGAACUACUCCCGCCACAUCCGUCCUGACAUGAAGACCCAUACAGACCGCCCUCUAGUGGUGGACCCCCAGGAGAACCGCAACAACAACACCAACAAGACCACCAAAGAGCCUGACCCCCGCCUCAGCCAGCAGCACGCUGACGAGCUGGUCCGCAAGCAGACACACGUCCACGAGAGAGGAGGUGGGGGAGGAGGAGGUGGGGGCUCAGGGUCUGGUUCAGGCCCUGGAAGGCCUUACGAUAGGGCAGACUCUACGGACAGCCGCAGGAGCCGUAAGGAGAGCAAGGAGCACCCGGAGCUCCAACACCAUCACUCCUCCCAUACCCGCCUAGAUGCAACGAUGCUGGGACAGAGUGGAGAGGAGAGGCCCCAGAGAAGGCACCACCACCCACGGGGCCAGGUGGGCUCAUCGGAGCACAGGAAACCCCGCCAGCACCGCAUGCCCCCAGAGGACGAAGAGGGGGGAGGUGGAGGUGGAGGAGGGGAAAGGCGACACAAGAGCAGGGGGACAGAAGGAGAAGGCGAGGGGGAGCAAGAAGGGGGUGAUGGAGGUGAGAGGAGGCAGAGACGGCAUCGCCAUGGCACUCAGUCAGGGUGUGAUGGUGAGGGGAAGAGGACGCGGCAACACCGCAGGAAGGAUGGUCCCAACCUGUCCACCACACGGCCCAUCCAGAAGAGCCUCUGUAGACAGGACAGCCAGUACAGCGAGGACAUGGAUAAUGUCAUGAACAGUAAAUUGGCCACCAGCCAGCCCCAGCUACCCCCAGGCUCCACCCAGCAGCCUUGCCCAGCCUCGGGUCUCCCCAGCUCAGCCAACCACAAUAAUCCAGGCCCAGGCUUCGGCCCUGCAGGCCUCAACACUCACCUGACCAACAGCAGCUCCCACCUGGGCCUAGAUGGAAGCCUGGUUCCUGCAUACGGAAGUAGCACCCGGAUACCGGACCACACGGCAGUAGACAUACCACCCAUGUUUCCUUCCCACAACGCCAUAUUGCAGGUCAAUAAGAAUGCUAACACGGAGCCUCUGCCUAAGAAGGAGGAUAAGGAGGAUGAUGAUGAUGACAAGGGUGAUGAAGAUGGACCCAAACCAAUGCCUCCCUAUAGCUCCAUGUUCAUCCUCUCUACCACCAACCCGUUCCGGAGACUAUGCCACUACAUUGUGACUCUGAAAUUCUUUGAGUUUGGUAUCCUGUCUACCAUCGCUAUGAGCAGUAUCGCCUUGGCAGCAGAAGACCCCGUCUGGCCAGAAUCACCUCGCAACAAUGUUCUGCGCUACUUUGACUAUGUGUUUACGGGAGUGUUCACCUUUGAGAUGUUGAUUAAGAUGGUGGAUCUGGGCCUGGUGUUGCACCAGGGCUCCUAUUUCCGUGACCUGUGGAACAUCCUGGACUUUAUAGUGGUUAGUGGUGCUCUGGUGGCCUUCGCCUUCACGGGAAGCAGUAAGGGGAAAGACAUCAGCACAAUCAAGUCUCUGAGGGUUCUGAGAGUGUUGCGACCUCUGAAGACUAUCAAGCGUCUUCCAAAGCUCAAGGCUGUGUUUGACUGUGUGGUCAACUCCCUGAAGAACGUCCUGAACAUCCUCAUCGUCUACAUGCUCUUCAUGUUUAUUUUUGCUGUGGUGGCCGUGCAGCUGUUCAAAGGAAGAUUCUUCUACUGCACUGACGAGUCCAAAGAGUUUGAACGCGAUUGCAGGGGCGAAUAUCUAGUCUAUGAGCGGAAUAAUGAAGUGAAGGCGCAGAAGCGGGAGUGGAAGAAGUACGAUUUCCACUACGACAACGUGCUUUGGGCCCUGCUCACCCUCUUCACCGUGUCUACCGGAGAGGGGUGGCCGCAGGUGCUGAAACAUUCAGUGGAUGCGACCUAUGAGAAUCAGGGCCCGAGCCCGGGGUACCGGAUGGAGAUGUCCAUCUUUUACGUGGUGUACUUCGUGGUCUUCCCCUUCUUCUUCGUCAAUAUCUUCGUAGCUCUCAUCAUCAUCACUUUCCAGGAGCAAGGAGACAAGAUGAUGGAGGAUUACAGUUUAGAGAAAAACGAGAGAGGCUGCAUAGACUUCGCCAUUAAUGCCAAACCGUUGACGAGACACAUGCCUAAGAACAAGCAAAGCUUCCAGUACCGCAUGUGGGAGUUUGUGGUGUCGCCGCCAUUCGAGUAUACAAUCAUGGCUAUGAUCGCGCUCAAUACUAUCGUACUGAUGAUGAAGUAUGACGGAGCCUCUCCGGCCUACGAGGCUGUGCUGGCCAACCUGAACAUCGUGUUCACCUCGCUCUUCUCCAUGGAGUGUGUGCUCAAGAUCAUCGCCUUUGGAGUGCUGAAUUACUUCAAAGAUGCCUGGAACAUUUUUGACUGUGUGACAGUCCUGGGCAGCAUUACAGAUAUUUUAGUGACUGAGCUCGGGAAUAACUUCAUCAACUUGAGUUUCCUGAGACUGUUCAGGGCUGCCAGGCUCAUCAAACUGCUCCGGCAGGGAGAGACCAUCCGCAUCCUGCUCUGGACCUUUGUUCAAUCCUUCAAGGCGCUGCCGUACGUGUGCCUGCUUAUCGGCAUGCUGUUCUUCAUCUAUGCCAUCAUCGGGAUGCAGCUGUUUGGGAACAUAGGGAUGGAGGAGGAGGAGGGGAGCGCCAUCAACGAACACAACAACUUCAGGACUUUCUUCCAAGCUCUCAUGCUGCUCUUCAGGAGUGCCACGGGCGAGGCGUGGCAUGACAUCAUGCUGUCGUGUCUUGGAGGGAAGCUCUGUGAUCCUCUGGCAGGGAACACUGAACCAGAGUGUGGCAGCCAGUUUGCCUACCUCUACUUUGUGUCCUUCAUCUUCUUCUGCUCCUUCCUGAUGCUGAAUCUGUUCGUGGCUGUCAUCAUGGACAACUUUGAGUACCUGACCAGAGACUCCUCCAUCCUCGGCCCACAUCAUCUAGACGAGUAUGUCAGGAUAUGGGCUGAAUAUGACCAAGCAGCUUGCGGUCGCAUUCAUUAUAAGGAUAUGUACAGUUUAUUGCGAGUUAUCGACCCGCCUCUUGGCUUAGGAAAGAAAUGCCCCCAUAGAGUGGCCUGCAAGAGGCUGCUGCGGAUGGACCUCCCGGUCGCCGACGACAACUCAGUCCACUUCAACUCCACCCUGAUGGCCCUGAUCCGCACGGCCCUGGACAUCAAGAUCGCCAAGGGUACGGAAGGAGGUGUGGACAAACACCAGAUGGAUGCAGAGCUGAGGAAAGAGAUGAUGGCGAUUUGGCCCAAUCUCUCCCAGAAGACCCUUGACCUCUUAGUCACGCCACAUAAGUCAGCAACAGACCUGACGGUGGGGAAGAUCUACGCUGCCAUGAUGAUCAUGGAGUACUACAGGCAGAGCAAGGCCAAGCGCUCUCAGGCGCGGCUAGAGGCGGAGCAGAAUCGAACGACAUUACUGUUUCAGCGUGUGGAGCCGCCCUCCCCCAUCCAGGACGGGCCUCUCAGCCUCCCUCCUACCCAACCGGCAGAUCCCAUCAACAGCCUACCGGUGGAGGGGGGGGUUCCAGAGAGCCAGUCGUGGGUGACAGUGCGGGCUCAGGAGAUGUCCCAGAGAGUAGGCAGCUGGAGUCCUGAGGGACAGCACUCUGAGGAUGGCCUGGACAGCAGGCAUAACUCGCAGACGGUAGAGAUGAGAGAGAUGGGGCGUGACGGUUACUCGGAUACCGAGCGCUUUCAGCCAAUAGAAGGCCACGGAAGGGCCGCUUCCAUGCCACGCCUUCCAGGCGACAACCAAACUAUAACAGAUAAUAGUCCUAUGAAGCGCUCGGCCUCCUCCCUUGGUCACAGUCGAUCUGGGAGGGGCCAGAGGGAAAGGGGUGGGGCCGAUGAUUAUGCAAUGGAGUAUGUGAUCCCCGAGGAGGGUGGAGCACCGAGGCACAGCCACCGACGCCGCGACCGAAGCCACCGGGCCUCUGAGCGGUCACUGUGUCGAUAUACAGACGCAGAUACAGGACUGGGCACAGACUUGAGCACCACCACUCAGUCAGGUGACCUGCCACCCAAGGAGAAGGACCGUGACCGCGACAGAGACCGCAGUAGGCAGAAAGACCGCAAACACCACCACCAUCACCACCACCAUCACAGCGGCUCUGUGGACAAGGAGCGCUACACACCAGACCGCGCCGACCGGGGGGGAGAGCACGGUGGUCACAGACAGCCCCGAGGAGACAGAGACCACGACCGGGAUAGGGAGCACGACCGUCGCUGGUCACGGUCACCCAGCGAGGGCAGAGAGUGCAUGACACACAGACAGGGCAGUAGUUCGGUGAGCGAAAGUCCCGCUCCCUCUACCUCGGGGACCAGUACCCCGAGACGAGGCCGUCGGCAACUCCCUCAGACCCCGGCAACGCCCCGCCCACACGUCACCUACUCUCCUGUUGUCCGUAAAGCCAUGGCCACACUUCCCGGAGCCCAGGCCCUGGGGCGCAAUUCCGCCCCCGCACCUCACCGCUUCUCCCCUGAGCCCCCCCAAGGACCUCCCCCGCCCCACCAUGGCUCACCCAACCAAGCCUGCCACCCCCCUCCCCGCUGGGGGGAUGGGGGAGGAGGAGGAGGAGAGAGUGGGUCGCUGGAGGGCGACGGCUGCUUCUACAACCAGGACUACCAGGAUUACGAACGUGAGCACCACAAACCGCCUCCCUACGAGCAGAGCCCCACACAGGGCAACCCUCACAAACCUCACCCCCUCAACCACCCUACUCUCCCCGUGCUAAACCAUCCCCCAACCCCACAGCAGCAGCACCCUAUCAACCCGCACCCAAACAACCCCCACCCCAACAACCCCCACUCCCGCACCUCGCCCAGGACUUCCCGCCACGCGCCCCCACCCAACACCACCCCCACCCCCCAAGGGCAGCAGCCACCCCCCACUCGACGUCUCCCCAACGGGUACCGCGCCUCUUCCCCCUCCUCGCAACACCACCACGGCCCCACCCACCCCGGGCCCCACAAGGUCCCCCCUCCCCAGCCUAGAGGGCCCCGCACUAAAGACCUGCACGAACCCUACAACAACACGGAUGAUAACAGGUGCUAGCCUCUGGAGACUAUGGAGGGAGGGAGGGAGGGCUCAACCACACUGUCUGAGUUAUCAGUCCCUACCUCCCAGCCCAGGAAAACACACAGCCAGAGCACUGAUCACCAUGAGACAGGGGAAACCAAGGCAUGAUUCUUUCUUUCCUUAUUUCCAUUUGUUUUUAUUUUCGUUUCUUCUGCUGCUCAGUGUUUCCCGGGGAUGGAGGGAGUGAGGAAGGGGUAGUUAGAAUAAAGGGAUGAGGAGGAGGACCACUGAAGGAUGAGUGGAAAUUAAUGAACAGGGUAUGGAGUACAAACCAAUUCCUUCUCCAAAAACUAUGGAACCCAGCUCAUCAGAUGCAAGGAGUUUUUCAAAAUGGAUGAUUUCAAAAUGGAUGAUACGGGGACGGAUGCUUUUCUCAACGUAUCAUGAUGCUACGCCUCUGGAAACAAUAUUAAAAACCGCCACAACGACCAAGACGUCAUCACGUAAUCAACGCAAGAAACUAUGACAUUGCGGAGAACUAAGUGGAGUUGCGUUAGUUGCAAAAACCAACCACGACCCUCGAUGAUGGGGAGAUAUUGAUGAGUUUUAUCAUCUGUGUUUACUGUUAAUAAUGACAUCAGUGAUGAUGAGCCUUCCACCUGAGUGCGGUGGGGGGAGUGGGGGACACACCGGGACACACACCCUAACUCUGAACGAGAGAGGGGGUAAUGUAGGUGGAAUCUAUCCAUUCCAACCCCCCAACCCCCCCAAAAAGAUUCCGCCCCAACCGAGUCGAGAAGAAACAUAAAAAAGUGGAUGGUGAACAUAAAAAAAAGAAACUUAAAAACAAACAUUUUCUUCAGUAUUUCUUCUUCUACUCCUGCGGCUGCUACUUUUCCCCCUUCCUCUUCCUCUUCUUCUUCUUCUUCGAAACAUUGAAGCUUGAUUCUUCUGUUGCACCCGCACAGCUUCGUUGGAACUUGCAGAGUUUAAAAACCUGUGGAAUCCUGCAUGAUUGAUACAAAAAAAUGAUAACAAAGAGAAACUACUGUAAUGUGGGGGAAACUAUCCCUGGGUCCUUUCUAUAUUAGUCUGUGGGGUUCUCUCUUUUUCCUGUAAAUCCCUUUGUUUCUCUCUCUUUACCCUGAGGCAUCCCUCUCUCUCUCUCUCUCUCUCUCUCUCUCUCUUCCUGUGCUGGAGGUAUAAUCAGAAUAGUUAGGAUGGAUGGAGAGAUGAGGCGAUGAGGAAGAGAAGCACAAGGUCCAAGCCUUUUUUAUGCGGAGGGACAGGAUGAUCUAUUUCCCACUUUGUUCUUAUUGAAAUGCUCUGUGCCAAAUUAUAACUGUUGAUGUGGCUGAGAUUUGCACAAUCAUUUUCAAGGAAGUAGAUAUUUUGUUACAAGGCCAAGUUUUAUUUCAUGGGAGGAAAGAAGGCAGGAAAGUAUGAAAACACAGACCCCACAUAUUAUUGGUUCAUAUUAAAAGGGAGUUGAAACUGGGGGAGGAAGUUACAAGCCCGCUCCAUGGUCCUCAUUGGCUCUUCAUCUGCUGACACAUAGCCUCGUUCAAACCAGAGAUAUGUCUCUAGUCUUCCAGGGUUUGUGUUUGAAAGAGCGAUGAAAAGAGAGAGAGAGAAAGAAAGGCCGAUGAAAGGAGGGAACCUCUUCACCUUUCGUUUAUUUGUUAUUAAUAGUGAUAAUGGUUCUAUAGAUGCUGAUAACAAUACUAUUGAUGAUUAUGAUAAUGAUGAUGAUGAUAAUAAUAACGAUGAUAAUAAUGGUGAUGAUGAUGAUGUUCAUGCUUGUGAGACAGAAUUAUUUUAUUCUUGUAUUUGUGUUUGUUACUUUCGAGUCGGUUGUGCUCAGCGCGUCACCAUCUUUGUUUAGUGAGACGUUCUGUCUGGUUGGUGGUCCACUGGUCCGGCUGGUGGGCGGAGCUUUGUCAGAGAGGUGCAUUGUGGGAACAGAAGUAAUCAUAGGAAUGACUCUGAUACAGUGUAAUACGGUGGGGAAGGGAAAAGGAACUUAAAAAGGAACUUAAAAAAACAAAACAAUGUCAAACGUCAUACCGGAAAUCAUGUAUCUGACAUGCAUUGGACAGUUGUUUACAUAUAUUAAUCAUGUGAGUAAAUAUAGGGCAGCUAAAUGGUCUACUAAAGUAGACCAGAUAAAGCAGUAAUGAGACAGAGCUCCUCUGCCAGUUUGGCCCUCUAGGUGGCACUGUAUGCAAUACAUUGCAUCCCUGUCCUAUUGCAUCAUUGUAUCACCCCUUCUAUUUUGACCGUCGGAUUCCAAUGUUUUCGUAUCUGUCUUUAAACUGGGAGCAUACGGUUUAAGUGUUGUCUGUCACUGGUGGAUCACCUCCUUUGUGUUCAGGACAUGUAACACAGCCAAUCACAAAUGCACAGGACAUGUAUCACAGCCAAUGAAAAUGCAUGGGAGAAACAAUGACUGGGUCUUUUCUGCCAAACCUCUGUGUCCUGUUUCACCCUAUUCUCUUUUUGUGUGUCUUUGUGCGCCUCAACCUAACAUCCAUCCUAAUACCCACCACUGUCCCGUACAGUGUCUCUCUCACAGUUGCCGGACUUUGAGGAUUGCCAUAGUGAACCAUUCAUUUAUUAGAAUUAUGUCAUUAUUAUUAUUAUUAUUACACCCCAUGUCAAAACCAUUAGCGUCAGGUAACAGUGUUUGUUCAUGGCUGCCAUAGAUAUAGUGCAGUUAGAUCUGCACAAAUCUGGAUUCCGAUGUACUGUAAAGACAUAUCCCAUGAUUCUAUGUACGACACUUUGACCAGGAAGUGCACAGGCACAUUGCCUUUACAGUAUUCAUCUAACGUAGGAAUGUCAUAGAUGUGUAUAAGUCACAUCACAACACUGAUAAGAUAGGAAUACACAGAUACACACUCAGUAUGUAGCUCUUGGCUGUAGCAAGUAUGCGUGUACGUGUGUAUGGCGUGUGUGUGUUUGCAUGUGUGUCUGUGUAUGAAUGCGUUCUUUUAUAGCAGAAUGUGUGUGUACAUUCAAUGUGUGUGUGUACAUCAAUAGCUAGCUGUUUUUGUUGGAUAUUUCAUUUCAUUUGUUUAUUUGCUUUGAAUAUUUUGUGAUGAGAUUUGAGUUGUGUGUGUGUGUGUGUGUGUGUGUGUGUGUGUGUGUGUGUGUGUGUGUGUGUGUGUGUGUGUGUGUGUGUGUGUGUGUGUGUGUGUGUGUGUGUGUGUGUGUGUGUGUGUGUGUGUGUGUGUGUGUGUGUGAGCCUGUGUUUGUGAGCGAGUGUCAGAAUGUUUGUGUGUCUGUGUGCAAGAUGAAAUAAGAUGUCAAUCACCCUACAAUUGAAACUAUGAGGCCCUAACAUUCAUUGUCAAUCAUUGUGUCCUGUACUGACCAACCAUCCACUAACAACACAUAUUCUAAAUAACCCCACUGUUACUUCAAAAAGCAAUGUAUGAGCUGCUAUGGAAAACAUAGAAAUAAAAGCAUUUUAAGUACCAAAAAAAUACCAAAAUAAGGGAAAAUAUCUACUUCCAGAACUGCAUGUGCUAUGUGCAUGCCACACCGUGGGUGAACAGUCAUCUUCAGGAAUCAAAAAAUAAGAAUAUGAAUAAAAUAAAAAUAAAAAUAUAUGAAUAUAGAUAGAUGUUUUUACUAAGCAACAUGUUCUUUUUUCCUUCUAUUUUUGAGAACAAAAAAGGUUUAAAAAAUCAAUUAAAAAAAAUGUUAAAAGAGUGACAUGAUGACUUUGGUGAGAAUCAAAGUUGGUUUGUUUAAUUAUGUUGCCAGCUGUUAACUGUAAACAUGGAGGUGAGACACUACACAACCAUGUUCAGGACACUACAAAAAAAGAAAAGUCCUGUUUUAAAGAAUAGAAUCAAAUUAAAAGAGAUGGGGAUAUCCCUGCCUACUUUUGGGUGGGGCCAGGAGCCAGCCAAAUCUGAUGAUGUAACCCUUAAAACUGGCUGUGGGAUCUUUUAUCUCUCCCUCACUCCCUCUCUAUUUCUCUCUCACUCUUGUCUCUCUCACUCUUAUCUCUCACACUCUCAACUCUCAACCAAUCUCACCGCUAUUUCUACCCGUGCAUUUUGUAAUUCCAGACAGAAUUCUUCCUAAUGAAUAAAAACCAGAGAGAUGCACACUG